AUGUCCACUCACACCCUCCGCGACUCCCCCAGCUCAGGCAACAGCAACCUCCCCAAGGACACUGCCUCAGACCAUGAGAAGGCAGUGGUCCCGGCAGACAUCCCAGCCACCACCACUGACUACCACCGGAGUCCUCUCGCUGACCUCAGCCAAGUGCGAAAGAAUUUCCUGCUAUUGAUCUUCUCUGUGUCCACAUUCAUUGACGUCUGCAAUGUCUCUGGCGCCGGAGUGGCCGUCGUCCAGAUCGCAAACGAUAUCAAACUCGACACUUCUCAGAUUGUCUGGAUCAUCACAUCCUACAGCUUGUGCUUCGCCGCUGUGUUGCUGCUGGCCGGACGUCUGAGUUACCUUUGGCCAGCUCAGAUCAUAUUUGAGGGAGGCUUCCUUACUCUUGGUGUUCUCAGUCUUGUCACUUCGUUUGUCACGUCUAACAAAUACGGCUUCCUUAUUCUACGUGGCCUGGGAGGAAUUGCCGGAGCGAUGACCAUCCCGUCAUCUUACCACCUGACCGUUCACAUGUUCCCGGACCCUGCGGAACAGCAAGCCAAACUCGCUCUGCUUGGUAUGUCGGGAGCGGUUGGAAAUGUUCUUGGCCUUGUCCUCGCCGGUGUCUGUAUGCUGGCUAGCUACAAGUGGUUCUUCAGAGUCAUUGCCAUCCUUUGCAUCGUGUUUACCAUCGCUUGUGUUACAUUGCUUCCGAUAACCAAAUCUUCCUACGUCCCCGACCCGAAAUAUCCUCGUUGGCAACGACUUGACAUUGUUGGUGUCGGCCUUCUCAUGGGUUCUUUGAUUUGCUUCAUUCUUGCCCUCACUCAAGGACCAAUUGAUGGAUGGGGAGCCGCUUCCUUCAUUGUUCCGUUCAUACUGAGUUUCCCCUUGGCCAUUGGCUUUUUCGUCUGGGAGGCCAAAAUUCCUCCUCAGAGUGCCGUCCUGCCCAGUCCCAUCUGGAAGAUCACCAACAUUGUCAUCUCCAGUCUUGCCAUCUGCAUUCCUUUCCCCUUUUGGGCCACCUCACAGUUGCUCUAUGCCACCUACUUCCAACAGGUCUUUGGCUGGAAGCCUAUACAUGUCGCUGCGGCGAUCCUACCGCAAGGCAUCGCUUCCAUCAUGGCCGGAGCAGCCUCUCAAUUCUUCCCACAGAUGAUCACCAAAGCGCGGAUCUUCAUGCCUUUGGGCGCGGCGUUGAUCAUUAUCGCCGAGAUCCUCUUCAUCUUCUCUGAUGGCGGACAUGGAAUGGACUACUGGCGAUACCUCUUCCCAGCUUUCGUCUUGGGCAGUGUCGGAGCCGUCAUGUCAUUCUUUGCCUCUGCGAUCAACCUUAUUCAAUACUGCCCGCCCGAGUACUCUGGCGUGGCCGGAGGUUGGACCCAAGUCAUGUCCCAAGUAGCAGGCGCCAUCACCCUCGCUGUCCAGGCUUCUUUCGAAGGCGACGGCCUGAUGGACUGGAACAAGGCUGCCAGGCGAUCAUUCUACUUCCAGAUCGCUUGGACGGCUGCACUCGCCCUUCAGUUCGUCAUCUUUUACAAGACGCCUGGAACGACGGAGGAAGAGCAUGAGGCUACGAGGAAGAGGAUCGAAGCGAGUGGAAAGGAUAAGGGCGUCAUGUAA